AUGGCUGGUGCAAAUGUGACCAGAGGAGUAAUCACAGGUAGGGAUGCCGCUGAUGGUGGAGGCGGUGGCGACGUUGUCAGUGGGGCGACAGCCAUCGAGGGAGGCAGUGGGGAAGUUGUCGGUGGAGGUGAAGCUGUUGGUAUUGGUGAUGCUGCCAGCGGGGAAGAUGUGAUGGCUGCUGGUAUAGCAGACUGGGUCGUCGCUGGCGGGGAAGAAGGCGGUGAUGCCGUUGUGCCUAAGGACGGGGACGACUGGAUUGGAGGAGAUGGUGACGAGUCCCGAGCCUUCAUCCGAUCGCUAAGUUGGAGGACCGUCUUAUAG